AUGAGUGAGAAUCCAACGGCACGGACCUUCACCUGUCCCAACCCAGUCAACCUAAAGCGAACCGCCAACAGAACCCGACAAAGCAAGCGACCUCCAGAGCUUGCCGACCUGGACUUCGAGGUCGCAACCCAUUUCCUGCCCGCCGACUUCUUUCAGAAGGACGUCCGUGUGGGAUCCGCUCACCAUCUCAUCUUCUACACCCCCGAUCAACUGGAGCUGCUGGACAGGGCCAAGACGUGGUACUUGGAUGGUACCUUCAAGCUAGUCAAGCAGCCGUUGUGCCAGCUAUUUUGUGUCCAUGCUUUCAUCAAGGGCAACGCUGGCGAAUUGAAGCAAGUCCCCCUAGCUUUUGCCAUGAUGUCCAGGCGCACCAAGAAGGACUACAAGAAGGUACUGAAGGCUUUGAAGAAGAAACUGCCGUCUCAGGCUACCAACGUCCGUGAGAUGGUGGUUGACUUCGAGUCGGACCUUUGGUCAGCGAUCCGUGCCAUCUUUGAUGUGGACAUCAAGGGGUGUCUAUACCAUUGGACCCAAGCCGUGUGGAGGAAGUGCCAGGAACUGGGCCAAGCAAGCACAUCCAGCCCGCCUUCGACAGAAUGGCGGAGACAGCAGUCAACGCUACUUUCAUCAACCUCUGCAACUACAUCAGGGCGACAUGGCUGGAAAGCACCAUCUGGGGGCCUGAAAACUGGUCCGUAUUCAUGCGGAGCAUCUGUACUAACAACAAUGUGGAGGGGUGGCACCGCAGAAUCAAUGGGAGGGCGGGUCGACACAACGUGAACAGUCAUCUAAUCCUGAGCUUGGUCAUGUUUUUUAGCUUUUAGUUGGAAUGAUGAACAUGAUGCAAACUGUUCAAGACAAGCACCAAACUCAUCUGACUUAUCAGACAGUGAAUUGUACCGCAUGUACUUCAGCGACACAGCUAUUGAGGCUUUGAGUGAUAGUGAUGAAAGUGGAGAAAUCACAGAUGAUUCAUCAAAGUGCAUAAAUAGUCAUGCACAUGCACUUGAAACCACCUGCUUGGUGAUGUAAAAUGGUGGGUCAUUGCCCAUGGGGGAAAGUUGAGACCGUCAAGUAUACAGAAAGGAUGUAAAGGGGCAUGUUGAACUGUAAGAGCAAACGUAAGUACGAUUUGUUACCCUGGAAGGUCAAGAUCAAAUGAGGCAGGGCAGGUCAAGAUCAAAUGAGGCAGGGCUUUUCUACACCAUUUUGAGGAUGACCUGUAACCAUAUAUUACAUCUUCAGGCAGAUGGGUCUUAGAACCAC